AUGGAAUUCUUUUCCCAAACCUACGUCGCUCUACGAGGUCCAACUGGAGCCCCUCAAACGGCUGCGGAUACCGUAGGGAGAUUGAGUGACAGGUUGUCGCCCGCAACCCUCUUGGCAGACAGGAGAGCAGCAGUUCUGGCUCUCAAGGGGCUGUCGCGCGACUGUAAGGAAGACGUUGGCAAUAGCGCGCUUCAAGGUCUUCUGGAUGUGCUGGCGAAUGAUGCUGAAGUCGAUGCGGACAUCGGAAAGGCAGUUUUGGAGACUUUGAACAUCCUAUGUGACACUGAAGACACAACGCCUGGAGGGAAAGCACUUGGCUUCAAGCAUACCGAUGUUGUUCUUGCGAACGAAAAGACAGUACAUGUUCUCUUCUCUUUACUGCGGGAAUCAAAUUUCUACACACGAUUUGCGUCUCUUCAAUACAUUUCAACUCUACUUCAGAACAGGCGACAGGCAGUACAGAGUUACUUUUUAACUGCACCUGCCGGACCGGGCAGCAUCACUGCUGCUCUUGAAGACAACCGAGAAAUUGUUCGAACUGAGGCCAUCGCAAUGACUCAAGCACUCGUUUCUCAGAGCUCUGACAUCCAGAAGUUGCUUACCUUUGAAGGAGGAUUUGAGAAACUUUUCAAUAUCGUGACCCAAGAGGGGGGCGUGGAUGGUGGAGUGGUUGCGCAAGGUGCCUUGGUGUGCGUUGACGGAUUGCUUCGAUUCAACACAUCUAAUCAGAGUUACUUCCGAGAAACCCCGCUACCACCGGUUUUGUGUUCCCUGCUUCUUUUUCCUCCCCAGUUACAAAUGGAUCAGCCCGCGCCUCAAGAGUUCGCUUUGCAAUUUUGGGACGACCAAAAACUUGCAAAUGCAUCGCUUGUUGUUGGCAUCAUGGGGAUGCUCGUCAACUCUAAAAGCAAUCAUGAACCUUCUGUAUUCACUAGAUGCCUCAUUGAGAUCGCCCUAGCCUCCAACGCCCCAUCUCCUCUCAAAGUGCAGGCCCUUCGCCUCCUACCCGCCAGUAUCAACUUUCCACUGUCAGAAAUUAUCCUGACGCCCUAUAUGCCUGUGCCUGAAACCAAUGGCGAAGAGUGGGACCGUUUGGAGCCAGCUUCAGCACUGGACGCGCUUGUGGAAUUGGCAAUUCACGGAGAGUAUAAUGGUUUGGACGGGUCGAACCGAUCGAAAGUUGGACUUGAAUUGCGUACUGCUGCUGCUACAAUCUAUGAGAAUUUUGUCCGGAAAGAGGAAGUAAGGCAGGCAAUAGUACAAGCCAUGUUUCCGUCUGAAACUGCUGGCUCCUCAUCAACACCGCAUAUGACGCCCCUCCUGCAUUCACUCAUCACGCCUCCCAAUACUGCAUCCCCCCCAGAUCCAGCGAACAUCAUCUCGACGCAUCUCGCCACUCUUCUUUUCUCCCAUCUUCUUCGCUCUUCUCCCCGUGCGAAAGCUGCUGCCCGAAGAGUGAUACCCAUUCAUGUACCUUCCGCUCCUCAAUCGGGGGCGGGGAACUUCUUCGUUCCCGCAGAUGGUGCACCACAAGAUGCACUGGAUGUAGAACCAGAUGAUGAACCGCCGCAAUCUCUUCUUCAGAUUCUCAGCGAGAACUUAUCGCUCUCUUUAUUGGCUCGGUCGAGGGUUAAUGCCUCGGACAUAGAGACAAGGGAGUGGGAUAGACUUGCUGUAGGCUACCUUUGUCUUCUUGUCCAAUGGCUUUGGGAAGAUCCAAAGGCAGUGAGAGACUUUUUGGAUGCUGGUGGACUUGGAGUCCUCGUGGAAGCAAUUAAUCAAACGUCGGAGGUCGAUGUCAUCGUUCCGGGUCUCUGUGCUUUCCUUCUUGGUGUGUGCUACGAAUAUAACCGUGAACCAGGCGAGAUUACCAGGGCCACCAUAUACCCGAUACUGGGACGGUUAGGAGUUGCCAAUUUGACCGGACAAAUGUCACGCUUCCGAGAAGACGAUCGAUUCAAAGCGGUUGGUCCGGACUCAAUCGUUUUGCCAUAUCCUACCCUGCCUUUGUCAACCACCACAAAUUCCAACAAUCGUGAUGAAGCGGAGAUUUGGUUCGACUGGGCUUUUGUUGAUUUCUGGAAAUCAAAUUUCUACUCUAUCCAACGUGGAUUUUCGACUGAACCUGAUCAGUCGUCUUUGUCUUUUUCAGGGCAAAACACAGAGUCCACAAUGCUUGUAGCCUCUCUACGGGAUGUGAUACGCCAACAAUCUGAAGAAAUUGAGCAACUCAAAAAGAAGUUGAAGGAGGCAGCCUCUACUAGCUUUAACGAGGUUUCCAAGCUUCAGACUCAAAUCAGCUCACUCUCUUCAGCGCUCCAAAGCUCUGAAGAAAAGCGUAAAGAUACAGAAAAGGAACAAGAGGACCUUUUGGUCUUGUUGGAUGAGGUUACCAGUAAGCGGAAACAGGACAAGGACAGGCUUAGAGAUGCAGGCCUAGAGGUAUCAGAUGACGAGGGCGAAGAUGACGAUGAUGAGUAA